CCGCCGCCGCCGCCUCCUCCUCCUCCCCCGCCGCCGCCGCCGCCUCCUCCUCCUCCUCCCCCGCCGCCGCCGCCGCCUCCUCCUCCCCCGCCGCCGCCGCCGCCUCCGCCUCCCCCGCCGCCGCCGCCUGGACCAGGUAAAGAACUACACUCCUUACCUGUAAAGGACGAUGCGGUACAAUACAUACAAUGCGCAACCGAGAAUCUCAAUGUUUGUGCUUGAACCACAACGAGCCGGAGAAGCAUUUCGUGCUCUACAACAGCAAUGGCAACCGCAUCGGGCAGGCCCAGGUGUUUGUUCAGAACGACCCCACCUUCGCCUCGUUGCCACGCCUGGUUAUUGGAACCAAGCUUGAGGAAGGCCUCUUCUUCAAGAGGGGCUCGGGCGUGACCAAGUCCGGCGUGGCCUACCAGCUGCCUAACCAGGCCACCACCCUAGAGCACCUAGACGGCCCCGCCCCCGACGGCCAGAGGCUGGGCGAGUGGCUGCAGUACGAGGAAAGCGACUGCGCCGUCAGCGGCAUGGCCAGCGGCGUGGAGUUCCUCAUCACGCCAGACAUCGUGCAGUGCCCCUACGACAACGGCUUCAGGCAGCACAUGCGCGUCACGGAGACGCUGCACAUCUCGGAGCAGGUGUGCGCGCCCAUCAGCCUCAAGGACAACGUGUACAACCGCCCCGCCGAGCCGCCGGUGGAGGUGGAGCUGCUGUUCAGCCUGGAGUGCUGCCAGUGCGAGAACAGCCUGCCGCCGGCGCCGCCCGCGCCGCCGCCGUCGCCGCCUGUGCCGCCGCAGCCGCCCUCGCCGCCGCCCACGCCCCCGUCCCCGCCGCGCCCGCCCAAGCCGCCGCACCCGCCGCGGCGGCCGCCGCGGCCAUCCGGUGGUCACGACGGCUAUGGUGACGAGCACCAGAGCCGGCGGCGUUAAGUGUGUGCGUGUGUAAACUCGGCAGGCAUGCAUAUCCCUGCGCUGCUUGUUCGAUCGUUGGUUGCUUUGAGAAAAAUUGAGUAAAUUGAGAACCAUGAAGUGACAUGGCUGUUUUAGCUCGGUAAUGCUUUUGCCGUACAAGGAAGUAACUUUAUUAUUAGCACUGGCCGUUGAUUCGAGGGUGGGCUCCGUCCUGUUGGCUGGGUGCCACACUACGAAGAAUCGAUAGGUGUGCCUGUGAUUUCUUGAUGGCUGCAAGUGCCAGAUGCUGUUUGCCAGGGCACAAGUAGAGAAACGUUACUUCUUUCGUGUGUUUGUGUGCAUGGGUGUGUGCGCGUGUGUGUGCGUGUGUGUGCGUGUUUCCUUUCUUUGCUCAUGGGCUCGCAACCUCAAACCUAGACAUGUAUGAGCACCUUAAGGGCCUUGCUUUCUUAUCACUCUAGCAGCGUGUGUACCGGUAGCAGAAUGCCAUUAUCCCCAGAAGAAAAAUUGCUUGAUAUCAACCAAUUCGUCGCGCAAACGCACACCUGCCUGUCUGUCCACAGACCAGGGCCACCACAUCCUCUUUGCACGCUCCGUUGAUUUGUGUAAAUUGUGUCAAGGCAGUGGGCUUUUGCCAAUAAGAUGCUCGCUUGCCGGCUGGUAGUCCUUUGCUUAAUACCCAAGGUAGCUAGGCUAGCGGUGUGUUGGCUUUUGUCAAACAGAAUGCGAAGCAGUACGCAGCAGCAGUAGAUGCAUCUUGCUCGCCUCUCCUUAGUAUCCUAUGAACUUUCGUAAACCUUUAAACGUUCACCUGUGCGCGGGUGCGCGCUCAAGGCCCUGAAUGGCAAAUUAGCUGUGAGCUUUCGUGGGUGUGCGCCUGCAUGAUGAAAUGACUGAUGAGAUCUGUGCCCGCUGAGUGCGUGGGAUGAGGCCCAGCAGCCGACCUAUUGAAGCUCAGCAGUCGUGCACUGGUCCUCUCAGAGGGUGAUGUUGUGGCUCACAUGGACCUCGUGUCCUGUUUUGAUGGGAAUGCGCCUUCCUAUUACAUCUCUUCAGAGUUGUUGCGUGUCUGUGUCUUUAAUAAUGUGUGUCUGUUGAGAUUGCAGUAAUACGGUACGGUACUGCAGCACAUGCUGCAUCCAGGGGUGCUGCUGCCUUCAGGGCACGCACACAAGGGCAGAUUGGACAUUAAUACGCUUUUGUAAAGUUGGGCCAAA